AAAAGAAAAGCUAUAUACACAUACACACAACAUUAUUACCAGCUAAAUAACUAAUUAUAAUUUACGAAAUUAACUGAACUCUGUCACCAAGCUGCCUUAGAAAUAUAUAUAUAUACAUUUAUAUUCUGUAUUAUUUUACCCAUCAACCUGAUUAUUAUUUUUUUCUUCUGUCAUACGCGCCACCCAUCCUGCCCUAGUUGAUAUCCACUAUCACUAUCACCCUUACUCCCUUGCCAGUAUAUAUAUAUAUAGCAAAGCGGAACUGUCUUCCUUUCAGUCUGUGUUUUUCAAUCUGUUUAAACUGGUCACUGGAGUCAAGGACGCAUUUAUCGCGCUACUUCGACACUGACGUUCAAAUUACUCAAGUGCGUAAUUUAAGCAACUUAUCAACAGACAAACAAAUCGAUUGAUUAACAACAACAACAACAGUAAAUAAUAAUAAAAAAAAAACGAUACCGGUGAAACUAUCACAGAUCGAUUUUUCUAAAAUCAGUUAAAUUUUGCUUUUUAUUUCUUGCGAGUGUCUUCGUCUCACCCGAGUGUACAUUUAAACAGUUUUUGGAAAAGAAAAUCUUGUAAUAAUAAUGGCCAACUCUACGCGUGGUUUUUUUGUACUCCCCAUUCUCUUCAGUUUUUUGCUCUUUGGAGCCUUUUUCACGCUUACAGAAGUAGCUGCUGAAGCAAACACUACGAUUGCAGCAUCAAACACUACGACUGCGGCACCAAAAACUACGACCGUGGCACCAAAAACUACGACCGUGGCACCAAACACUACGACUGCGGCACCAAACACUACGACUGCGGCACCAAACACCACGACUGCGGCACCAAACACCACGACUGCGGCGCCAAACACCACAACUGCAUCACCAAACACCACAACUGUGUCACCAAACACCACAACCGUGUCACCAAAUGUGACGACUGUGUCACCAAAUGCGACGACUGUGUCACCAAAUGUGACGACUCCAAUGUCCACCACUCCAGUUCACACGUCAACCCACUCGCCAACCGUUAAACCAGAUAAACCUUCAAAAUUCCGAGUCGAUAUUUUCUUUGCUGGAAUGGCUGUAGGAAUUGGUUUGGUGGUGAUUGUGGUAAUUAUCUACCAUUGUUACCAAGCUAAACGAGGUACCAAUGUGCCUUAUCGAAACAUAUAAAUACAUAACUCUUCUUAUUACUUUUUUUUGUUGUUGUUUUUUGUUGUUUUUUUUAGUUCUAUUUUCCUUUUAAUUUCUACUUUUGUUAAUGAACAAACACUUGACUAAUUUUCUCAAUUAACUUAGCGUAAUGUUUCAAAUUAGCACUUGAGUGGUUGUAUGCAUGCAUGCAUGUAUAAUACGUUUAUACAUGCUUGUGUUAUAUGUAUAUAUAUGUACUUAUGUGUGAGUGACGUAUCUGUUUGUAUGCACUUAUGUGUGUGUGUGUGUGUGUGUGGCUGUAUUGUAAAAUAAACACUACAUUAGGAUUAAAUACUCAAGGGGAAAACACUAAUCUUCCUUAAUCUGUUACAGUUGGUUGUUGUAAGUGUAUGUGUUCUGUUUAAUCCAACAAUAUUCUCCAAAUGAUUGUAACCAAGGCUGUGGAGUCGGAGACAAUUAAGGGGCAAUUUGAGUCAGAUAAAAUAGACCGCCAUCACUUGAUUACAUAGAGGGGUCAGAGUUGAAGUUUUUAUGUUUCGACUCCACAUCCCUUAUUGUAACCAUCAUUGUUCAACUAUUAUACCCUAAACUAGAUGCUCCUGUAUUAUUAAUAUAAUAAGCAUUUUAUGAUGGGAGAUUAUGAAGAUGGGAAGCUAGCAGAAUCCUUGACACUUUGGAGAAAAUUUGUAGAGUGCAGUUUCUUCUGAUUCUUCACGUUCUUAGUGCAAAUUCCCCCAAAUUUUCUGGCCUUGUUCCUGUUAAAGAAUUUUUUUUCUUAAACCAAUCAGAGGGCGGCAGAAUUCGUAAGAUGUCAGAUAAAACCUUGUAUUGUUUCUUCGCAUUCUGAGUUCAAAUCCCACUGAUGGUAUGGUUAAGUAACCAGUAUUGUUAGUAUUAAGGUACUGAAAAUUCUGUCUGAAAUUUCUUGCAGGCAUCUGGCAUGACCCCUACUCCCAACCUUAUAUGCACUACAAUUUUUGUUUUAAAAUGCAAGGGGAUUGUUGUUGUUGUUAAGUGGUGGUGGUAGUAGGGUUGUCCUUUUUUUUUUUUUUUUUUUUUUUUUUUACUUCCCUCUUUCUUUCCUUCUUUUCACAUGAUAGAAACAAAAAGGUAAAACACAAGUCAGAAACUGGGAUGUUAUUUAGCCUUCCUUUUUACUGACCAAUCAGCUGUGCUUUAACCCUUUAGCAUUCAAACCGGCCAUAUCCGGCCCAAAAGUAUUCUGCCUGUUUUAUGUUCAAACUGGCCAGAUCUGGUCUCUCACACCAGCCCUACAAUAUCGUUUUAAAAAUUAACAGCUACCACAUCAAAAUCUCAAAGCUACAAGAUAAUGCAUGAUUAGUUCAAGGCAAAGUGGAUAAAAAAAGGAUUAAUUUUGGCAGAAUAAUGCGAACGCUAAGGGGUUAACCAAUUUUUCCUUGUCUUAUGUUUUCCUUUCUUCAGACUUCAUUCUGCUCUAGCUCUAAACUUCUUUUUUUUUAAUUUCAAAUGAAUUAGGUUGUGGCCCUCCUUGUUUCCUUUCUGUAUAUGUGUGUGUGUGUGUAAGAAAGUGAUGGGGGUGGGAUAUCUUGUUUAUCUUUUCUUUUUCUGUCUGUCUGUUUAAUUGUGCCAUGACGAUUGUGACAAGAGAAAUUUAAUUUCUGUUGGGAAGAAAGAACUAGAGGAGUGGUGGGAGGACAGAUAAGCAUUAUUGGUUUAUUUUUGUUUUAUAAUUUGUAAAGAGAUUUUGAAUGAUUUUAUUUCUCACAUUCUUUCUGUUUCUCUACUCAGUCUUUCACUCUCUCUCUCUCUCUCUCUCUCUCUCUCUCAAACUCAACAUAGCCACAUCUUAUUCUGAGUUGAGGUCUGUAAAACUACAAAACAAAUAAAAGUGGAAAAAAAAAA